CUGAAAAUAAUAUAAGAUAAAAACCUUUAAAAUAAUGAUAUUUAAAAAUUGUUUAAUAAUGUGAAGCAGCUUAAUCUUUUUGCAACUUUAGCAAGGAUAUUUGCAGUCUUCACUUCAUUUGCAGAAUAACUUCCCUUUGAAUGGCAUUCCCUUAACGAGUGAAACCAAAACAAUAACAAAUCUUUUUUUUUUCAUUCCUUGUGUUUUAGAAAAGAAGUGAAAAUUGUAUAAAAAUAUGCUUUUAUAAAAGCGAAGCAAAAAAAAAAAAAGAAUGUUAUCUAUAUAAACUAUUUAGUAUUUAUGUCAGUUCGCAUGAAAGGUUGUUUCGAAAUUUAAAGUAACCAAUGAAAUAAUAUUUCUCUUGAAGUUAAAUAUUCACUUAGAAAGAAAUUUACUUUGAAAAUGUUGCAGAAAAUAUUCGAAGUUACUCUUAAGGAAUUGCCAGAGGGAAUAGUUCUCUCCCAUCCUCUUUGUCUUGGUCUUCCAAAGAUAAUUAAAAACGCAUAUUCACUUUUGAAAAAGAAAGAUGCUUCUAAAAUCUUCGUUGGCGCUUUGAUGCGAGAAUUUUUAUCUGUUCAUUGUGCAUUAGAAUGCAUCUUUUCACAAAUAGAAAUUUUAGAAGUGUCUCCACAGUUGAGGGAAUCAGAAAACCUUUUUGUUUAUGUUUCUGAGACAUUUUUGAAACAUUAUGGCUAUAAUUACCAGGAAACAUGUUAUUUUAAAUUUGUGUCUUGCUUCGAUAUAGAAAAAGUUGUAUUUGCUGCAAAAACUACUGACAGUUUUGCAUGGUUUCAAAAUCCAAAAAAUCUAAGAAAUGUACUUUUGAACUGCCCUGACAAUAAACUUUUAUGUCGCCAAGAUGAUGUUCUACUUACUAAGGAAUUCACAGUGCAAGAUAUUAUUACUUUGGACUGUCAACCACUGCGUCAAGGUGUAAUAUCUACAAAAACACUAGUAGUUGUUGCAGACAUAAAAGAUUCUAUGCACUGUAGUUCUCAAUGUGAAAAUACGAUAGAUGAUUGGUCAAAUACAAUGCUGACGGAAAAGUAUGCAUUGAAUUUGAUCAAUUACACAAGUAGUAAUUUUUUCGGCAUUCGACUCCCAACUGCUCCUGUUUCCACUGCAAAGACACCUAUGAGUAAUACCUUAAAGUUUUUGUGGGUAUUUGAAAUGCGUGUUAUGUCUAAAAUAAACAGCCAUUUUAUUAAAGAGCUUGAAAAAGCCAACAAGGCAAUAGAUCCUUUCAAUACAGUUUUCCUUACCCAUUCUAUUGCAUCUAAGUUACAUUUAAAAAGUGGUUGUUGGGUAAAAAUUAAUUUGCUUAAACCUACAAAAGCGAAUAAAGCAAAGAGUCCAAUGGAUGAGCACAUAUUUCCUGUGCAUUCAUUCAGCACUCCUGGCAAAAGACAGGUUGAACCAAAAUAUGUCUGCAGACUUGCUCAAAUUUGUGAAUUCACAAAUGAAAAUGCUUCAAAACACUAUUUUCCAACAGAUAAACUUGUUUACAUAUCUCCUCUCCUUUGGUUCAAUUUGAAUAAGCAACCAUCUGUUCUCAUGCAACCACAUUUAAAACUGCAGAUUGAACCUUUAGAUGCUUCUUUUUCUCCUCCAAAUCCUGUUGAUGCCUAUGCAAAUUUAAUACAAUCUCCCAAUUAUGACUUAAAAGUCAAAUGUGAUAGAAUGGUCUCAAAAUAUUUUAACUUCCAAAGAUAUAUUUGCAAAGGUGAUGUCAUUUGCAUUGAUUCUAAAGGACAAUUGGAAAUCUCCCAAACUGCUUUGGAUGAUGAAAGUGACAAGUUAAAAAAUCCUACACUCUAUUUUCAUAUUGCAUCAAUUGAGGGUUCAAAUGAGGAUGAGGACUUACCUGGUUAUGUUAUGGACAACAAAAGUGCACGUUUAUACAUGGUAGGUACAAGACAAAGCUAUGUACCCGCUACUAUGGAAGUUUAUUAUAGCUCUUCUCCUUGCCAUCCAAUUUGGAAUUCUGUGUCAGAAGGUUUAUCUCAUUAUGUAUCCAUUUUGCAGGAUCUCAUAUUACCCUUUUUAAAAUUACAACAUAAAAAGUCAAAUCUUAGCUCGAAUAUUCUUUUUUCUGGUCCUCCAUGUUGUGGGAAAACUACUGUGAUCAAGACUGUUAGUCGAUGUUUAAAUCUUAAUUUAUAUCAGGUGAACUGUCAUGAACUAGUGGGUGAAAUUUCUGCAGUUGUUGAAGCUAGAUUAAAAAAUAAAAUUGAAAAAGGCAUGAGUUAUGCACCCUGUAUAAUUCUUUUGAAAAAUGUUCAUUUUAUUGGUAAAGAAACUGCUGGAGAUGAUACCAGAGUGAUCCAUUCCUUAGCAAAACUUCUGAAAGAGGUUAACAGUCAUGGGAGUGAAUGGCCAGUUGUUGUCAUAGGAACCACUACAACAGCAAAGCUGAAUAGCAAUCUAAUGCCAGCAUUUUUGCAUUUUGUGGAAAUGAAGGCUCCCACUGAAGAGGAAAGAUCUAUACUUUUGCAAGAUCUGCUAACUGUUUGUGAUGUUGGAAAUGACGUAUCUACUUCAUAUUUGGCUCAAAGGACAGCUGGUUUUGUUUUGGGUGAUUUGUGUGCUUUGGUUAGCCAAGCUUUGAGUAAUGCUUAUAGCAGAAUGAGGAAAUUUGUAGUUAACAAUAAACUAAAUUUUCAGGAGGAGGAAGACUUAAUUUUAGCAUCUGUCCCAGUUGUGCAGCGAGAUUUAUUAAAUUCUCUGGAAACUCUUCACUCAAAGUUUGCAGAGGCUAUUGGAGCUCCAAAGAUUCCAAAUGUUAAAUUUGAAGAUGUUGGAGGUUUGAAUUAUGUAAAACAAGAGAUUUUAGACACAAUCCAACUUCCUUUAGAACAUCCUGAAAUUCUGUUUUCUGGACUCAGAAGAUCAGGUGUGCUACUAUAUGGACCACCUGGUUCUGGCAAAACAUUACUGGCUAAAGCUGUAGCAACUGAGUGUUCGCUUAAUUUCUUAAGUGUGAAAGGGCCUGAACUGAUUAAUAUGUAUGUUGGGCAAAGUGAAGAAAAUGUAAGAGCAGUGUUUAGUCAAGCUAGAAGUGCUGUUCCCUGCAUAAUAUUUUUUGAUGAACUGGAUUCUUUAGCUCCUAAUAGAGGAAGAAGUGGAGAUUCUGGUGGAGUUAUGGACAGAGUUGUUUCACAACUUCUUUCAGAGUUGGAUGGGCUUAACAAAAAAUCUGAAGUAUUUGUGAUUGGGGCUACUAAUAGACCUGAUUUAAUUGAUCCAGCUCUUUUAAGGCCAGGAAGGUUUGAUCGCCUUCUAUAUGUUGGAAUUCCUGAUAGCAAGAAAGCUAAGCUAAAUAUUCUGAAAGCAUUGACUAGAAAAAUACCUUUAGAUGAAAAUGUUGACUUGGCAAAAAUAAUUGAUCAAUGUCCGUCCAAUCUCUCAGGAGCAGACUUUUACUCUCUGUGUUCUAAUGCUGUUAUAUUGAGAGUUGAGAAAAAUGUAGAAUUAGUUGAAAAAGAUGGGAAAAAGGUGGAAGAAUUAAGUAGUAAUGUUCAAAUGGAAGACUUUUUGAUUGCGCUUAAAUCAACUGUUCCAUCAGUCUCUGUUGAACAAUUGAAGAUCUAUCAGGAAAUAAAAUCAAGAAUUGAAAGCGAGUAGCUUUCCUAGAGCAAUUGUAGACAUGUUAAGCAUGUCCUCACAACAAUGUGAUUACCUGCCUUAAAAUUGACAAAAUAUUUUUCACCGACUCAUUAUUAUUUACAUAAUUGCAAAAAUAAGGUUAAUUUGAAACAUGUAUGCAAUGAAAAUUUUUUUAAUUUAUUUUUCUUACAAUAAUUUAAAAGAAUAUAUAUAUAUAUAU